CGGAAAGUAGAUCUCGAAAGAACGUUUCGCCGGAUAGAAUUCAUGCGCGCUAAAUUGGUUACUCUUGUACAUCUAAAAUGUAUUUUCAAAUGAGUACAUUUUCCAGAUGUUAAUAACAUAAAUUGUCUAUAUUGGAAGAGAGACUGGGAAUUGUCACGCGUUUUCGUGGUGAAUUAUAUGUGAUCGCGGAGUAAUACCAAUGGAUGUAUAUCGAAAUGUCCUUAAGUGGAGAAGAGUAGGGGGUUGGGCUUGAUUGAUUAGUUGUAGGAGGAAACAUAACUUCUAACUAACGUUACAACUUUGCACAGUUAUCGUAAAUUAUAUACCAUGGUCAAUUUAUUUCGUUUACACGAGUCUGGUUAUUCAUUUGAUCGUGUUUUGCUAAAGCUCACAGAACCCGCAGCAGCACUAUAUAUCUAGCUAGCUAGGCUUUACUUGUUGAUAAAUACGUUAGCUAAAUGCCAUUUAACUAACUAGUUAUAUCUCUAGAAUAGUUGGAUUCCAAGGUAAUUUGCACCAACAAGCUGAGGAAUGGACAGUUUUUGAAUAAUUUCUCACGACCUGGAAAUGGGACUGGGUUGACCGCUCUGCAAGUUAAUCACCCAGGAACGAACAUGAGUGGUGCCGAAGGUGGAAGGUUUGACGACAGAAUCAGACAGUACUCAGCCGAUGUGGUGUACAGCGGCUCUGAACCAGAGUCCGACUCCGGGGAUGAUGAUGAGACCAUGGGUUCAGCCGGGGACAAAAGAGGGGUGAAACGGGAGAGGGCUGAGAUGGAAGUCGCUGCAUCCGCGACGUCUGUGGGGCUACCCCCGGGAGGUUAUGGCGGUGCAACAGGGGCAAAGCCAGGCAAGAAAACCCGCGGACGAGUCAAAAUCAAAAUGGAAUUUAUAGACAACAAACUUCGGCGGUACACAACUUUUAGCAAGAGGAAGACUGGCAUUAUGAAGAAGGCCUAUGAGCUCUCCACUCUAACGGGAACCCAGGUCCUCCUCCUGGUGGCCAGCGAGACAGGCCACGUCUACACAUUUGCCACACGCAAGCUCCAGCCCAUGAUUACCAGCGAGACGGGCAAGGCGCUCAUCCAGACGUGCCUCAACUCACCUGACUCUCCGCCCCGCAAUGACCCGUCCACCGACCAGCGCAUGAGCGCCACAGGCUUCGAGGAGACGGACCUCACCUACCAGGUGUCGGAGGGUGACGGCUGCACAGAGCCCACCAAGGACAUGAUGAAGCCGACGUUCACCAUGGCCAAUCUGCCUGCCGGUGUCAACACCCAACCUACAUCGACGUCUUCUUCCUCCACCACCUCCUCCGUGGCCAUGCACUUGCAGAACAGCAUCCCUGCCACCUGCUGGCAGGUCUCGGCGGGCAUCAAUACUCACAGUGCCACCAGCUGUGCCAACGGCACGGUGCUGAAGACCUCGGCCACGUCAACUAGCGUCAUGCUACCUGGAGGGUUCACCCUCAUGUCCGGCGCACCGCUUCCCCUUGGCACACACACCAUUCCACUCAGUCAGCUGCAGGCCCUCCAGGGCCCCUUGGCCCAGACCAGCAUCACCACCACAGGGCAGGGCCAGCAGACCACCCUGUUCCACCUACCUGCAACUGUCUCACUCACAGGCGGAGGGAUGGGCCAGCAGCUGCAGGCCAUUCAGGUUCACCCCAGCUGCCAGCAGAGCUCUGUGAGCCACAGUGACCUCUCUCACAUCACAAGCAACUCCACAGUGAGCCUCCCCACCACCAUCGUCACGUCCUCAGUGCCCUCAUCGAUGGGUGGUCACAUGAUGUACCCCGGCGCCCACACUGUUAUGUACGCCACACCUACAACCUCGUUGGGCGACGGCAGUCUGACCGUGCUCAACACCUUCCCACAGACAGCCCAUACACAGUCCCAUGACCCCGGCGCUGUAUCGCAGGUGUUCCUCACAGGACAUCCUGGGACAGUGCAGAUCCCUGUGUCAGCAGUGCAGCUCCACCCGAUGAUGAUUGGUCAGCAGUCAAGCAGCAGCAACCUCACAGAGCUUCAAGUGGUCAACCUGGACGCCCAGCAUCACUCAAAGGAUGAUUGACCCACCCACAUAUCAAUAGACUGCUUUACCCAGACACACAUUUAAAUGCACACACACCAGGGGAUCACCGACGCCUUGCCAACAGACUGCCACCCCCUAUUUAUUACUGCCUUUUCACAGCAAUUAUCUUUUUUUCUUCUUCUUUAAAAAAAAAAAAAAACCUUGUAAGAAUAUGCACACACACUUACAAAGGAUUGAGGUGUGGUACUGCCAUUUUACUUUGUAUACAUUUUUGUAUAUUUGUCUUAUUUUCUUUCUCUGCAAGAGUAGCUUGGCUUGACAUAUCCACACAUUGCUUGGGCUACAGCUUCACAUUUCAAUCAGACACUUGUAGUGUGCACAUACCGGUUAUACGUAUGUGAAUUGAAGAGGUUUUAAUAUUUUGUUCUUCUUACGAAUGUAUUCUCUUUUAAGCCCCCUGGGUAUCCAAAUGUUGAUUACUUAUUUUUCUUAUGUUGGCAUAUGAAUGAUGGCUCUACACUACCAAUUGCUGUCAUUAGGGUAAUCAUGUUUUUAUUUCAUUUAUGGGGGGGAAAUGUACCAUUGAUGCCAGUAUCUAUUUGCUGAUAAUGAUAUCAUUAACAAAGCAUUCCCCUCAAUCAAGCAUGUCAAAUUCACAUAUUUGUACCUUAUGACUCUGCCAUGUAGCUUGACUGCUAUGCUUCUAUGCUGUGCUAGAGUGGGCUGAUACACUGACUUGCCCUUGUACUCGGGCAGGGUACCACCACUGGUUUAGGUCGUGCCCUAUCAUUCUGUAGGUUAAGGAAUUACUUUAGAACAUUGCAAGGUUAAUCUGAAAGACUGGCGCAGGCAUUUUUUUUCUCUUCUGUGUGAAUCUACAGCACUUACUGUGUUGCUGCAUAGAUGGUACUGUAUUUCCCAUCAACUACUGAACUAUUACCCCAAUUGUAAAGGGGUGUUUUCAGGAUGCUGGUUAUGAUUUCAAUAUUGAAGGACAUUGUCUCAGUACCUAAUACCCAAGUUUUUAUAUAUAUAUUUUUUACACAUACAAGUAUGCCAGUCUAGACCUAUUACAGGAUUUUGAAGAUUUAACUAUCUGGGUUGUGUUCAUCUGGGCUCCCAAGUGGCGCAGCGGUCAAAGACACUGCAUCUCAGUGGAAGGGGUGUCACUACAGUCCCUGGUUCGAAUCCAGGUUGUAUCACAACCGACCGUGAUUGGGAGUCCCAUAGGGCGGUGCACAAUUGUCCAGCGUUGUCGGGUUCAGGCUGGAAUAGGCCGCCAUUGUAAAUAACAAUUUGUUCUUAACUGACUUGCCUGGUUAAAUGUAAAAAAGUAUAUAUAUAUAUAUAUAUAUUAUAAUUAGGCACCAAACGGAAGAAAACUACUAUAUCAUAGCCUGUUUAGCCCAUAUUUUAGAAAUCUGCUCUGCAAUGUUGGGGUGUUAGUAUAACUGCACAAGUGUGGUUUUUAAAGAGAAAAUCAUCAAGCCAGUAUUUAUCGGUGUGGUUCUCUUGAGCGCAUCCGUUGCCAUCAUGAGGGAAAAACAAAUGUUUAAUGGGUAGUAAUGUUAAUUUACUUUUGUGGGAAUCCUUGAAGGGCAAGCACCACUUUCUAUCACUUAACUUGCCUGAAAAAAGACACACACAUACAGCUUCAUGCCUACAUUCUCUACCACGUGAACAUCUUCUGAAAUGGUUUUUGACAGUUAACCAUUGUCACCUAUGUCAAAUUUGUAUUCUUCAAUUUAAAUGUAUGAAUAAAAAUGUUUGUAGACAGUCA